AUGAGACUAGGUACUGAAAAUGGUGAUUAUAGCUCAUCUACUGGGCCAAGUUUGGAUGGAAGUUUCAGAAAUCCUGGAUCUGUUGCCUUGGUUUCUACAACAGCCAGCACUUCUAGCAAAUUUAUCCCAACUUCAAAAAGAGUGUACAAAGUUCUCAAGGAGUAUGUUAUGGAACUUGCUGACCUCAAUGUAUUUAGGAAUCAUCUUGAAGAUUGGGUUGAAGAGAAUUUGUACUCAAAUCCUAGUGGCGAACAUUCUUUUGGGUCACCCUUCUUAAUUGAUGAAUUGCGUAACUUUGAUUUCGCAUUGGAAGGGGUUCUAUUUCAACAGCUAUUGCGCAUGCCUUUCCCGCCUUAUUCUUCUGAAAAUCUAAAAGAAGAUGAGUAUUUGGCGCUGGAAGAUUUCAUGCAUACUGCUGCUGAUGGCCUGUGGCAUGCAUUCUGGCAUAAAAAUAAACCCUUUCCGUAUUUUGUAUCCUGUCCUUCUUAUCCUGGAUCCAAGUUUUAUACUGUUGAGAAAGCAAUAUUAAGGGGAAGACUGGGAAGGUUGUGUGGUGCGGCUUUAAUGUCAAAAAAUAAGGGCAAUACACAUGCGCAUUGGGAUAAUGUGGUCAAGUUUAUCUUGUUCAAACAAGAUGUGACAGGAAGUGAAUUCGGGUUUUCUCCUACUAUUGUUUGUGAAGCUCUCUUCUAUGCAGUCCAUAUACUUCUUUCUAGGAGCUUGAGCAGGUAUAACACUGUGACAAGUGAUUGUGUUUUUGUAUCAGUUCUCGACUCUAAAUUCGGAGGUGUUGUGAAACUUGGUGGUGAUCUUGGAAAACUCAAAGUCGAUUUGGCUAACCCGUAUCACUCCAUUGUAGAGUGGAUUACAUGUCAUGCAGAAGUCAGCAUUUCCCCAGUAGACCGAAUAUGGAACAAGCUCGGGAAUGUAAACUGGGGAGACUUUGGAACUCUCCAGCUACUUCUUGCGACUUUUUACUCUAUUGUCCAUUGGAAUGGACCACCAAGAAAGUCAAUGGACUCACUUGCUGCAAAUCACAGUCUUCGCCUUCAGCAGCGCAGAAUGGAGUGCCGCCUUACUGAGAAUGAAAAUGCUCUAGUUCCAUAUCAACAUGAGAACAAUCAUCAAGGAGAAAUUGAAGAGCUAGAGUAUCAAAAUAAUCAAACCUUCAAAAAGAAAGGAUCCCGACUGAAGCUUAAUCCGGGGGAAAUAUUAUUACUAGAAGAUCAGUUCCAGGGACAGAUAAGUUUUCAAAUACAGGAAUUUCUGGAUGAUGGGAAUGGCUGUUCCUAUAUUGCUGUUGCUUCAGAGAAUCUGACAAAAUUCUUGACUUUAUACAUUGGCGCACAUCCAUCUUGUUUGGAGCCAUCUUGGGAGGACAUGAGCCUAUGGUACCAAGUACAAAGGCAAACCAAAGUUUUGAAUAUCUUAAAAGAUCAGGGUAUAUCCAGUAAGAAUCUUCCUGAAAUAAUAGCAUCAGGUAGAAUCGUGCACUCCGGCCCUUGCGAAAAACAAACCCCCAAGGGACGCUGCGAUCAUCCUUGGUGUGGAACUCCAAUACUCGUAACAUAUCCAGUUGGAGAACCUCUUUCGUCCAUCAUAUCUCAUGAUUGCCCAUUUUCCGUGGAAGAAGCAACCCGUUGCUGUCGAGACUGCCUAUCAGCUUUGAGAAGUGCAAAAAUGGCCAAUAUUCAACACGGUGAUCUCUGUCCAGAAAACAUAAUGCACAUUAUCGACAACCAAGGUUCCAGAAACAGUAGUUUGUUCGUUCUUGUCUCAUGGGGUCGGGCUGUUUUGGAGGAAAGAGACAGCCCUGCAUUAAAUUUGCAGUUCUCCUCUGCUCAUGCUCUUCAACACGGAAAACUUUGUCCAUCAUCAGACAUUGAGAGUCUUGUUUACCUUAUCUACUCCAUCUGCGGUGGAGCCAUGCAACAGCAAGAUUCGAUUGAAUCAGCACUUCAAUGGAGGCAGAAAUGCUGGGCAAAACGUGUUAUCCAGCAGUAUCUGGGUGAGAUUUCGCCUCUCUUGAAAGCAUUUGCUGAUUAUGUCGACAGUCUAUGUGGUACACCAUAUCCAGUAGAUUAUGAUAUUUGGUUAAAGAGGCUAAAUGGAGCUGUGGAUAGUUCAGCAGAGGGGGGGAAAAUGGUUGAAGAGAUACUGAGAAUAAAGGAUGUUGCUGAGUCUUCAGGAACUUCAGGAGGUGGAAAUUCCUUAUCAGCUUGA